CCGGCCGUGGCCGCGCCCCCUGCGCCCCCAGAGCCCCGGAGCCCCGGAGCCGCGGAGUCGUCGAGUCGCAGCGCCGGGCGCGGAGACCGUGGGCGGGGCGAACAAAGCGGCGGCGACGCGGGCGGCCCAGGCCCGGGACGCGCGGAGCGAGCGACCCCGCCGGGCCUUUGUCUCGGGCGGGGCAGGAGCAGCGGCGGCCGCGGGGCGCUCCGAGCGCAGAAUGCGGCGCCCGGCGGCGGGGAUCGCGGAGCGCUGCGGCGGCUGGCGACGUGCAGCCCGGCCCGGGGCCCGCGGGCGCGCUUGUGUGUGAAGCAGGGGUCCGGCGCGCUGCCCCUGGCCGGCCCCGCGGGCCGCACGUGGGCGGGAGCAGCGGCCCGAGAGCAGCCCGGGAAGAAGGAGGAGGAGGAGGAGGAAGAGGAGGGGACGCGCGGCGGCGCAGCGGGGACCCGGGGCCGCCUGCGCGAAGCCCCGCCCCGGCCCCGAGCCCGGCGCGAGCGGGCGGGAUGCCCCGCGGCCGCCGCACUUUGGCUCGCGCACUGCCCUGAGCCGGUCGGGCUCGCGGGCGCCAUGGAGCAGUGGCGGCAGUGCGGCCGCUGGCUCAUCGACUGCAAGGUCCUGCCGCCCAACCACCGGGUGGUGUGGCCCUCCGCGGUGGUCUUCGACCUGGCGCAGGCGCUGCGCGACGGGGUGCUCCUGUGCCAGCUGCUGCACAACCUCUCCCCCGGCUCCAUCGACCUCAAGGACAUCAACUUCCGGCCGCAGAUGUCCCAGUUCCUGUGUUUGAAGAACAUACGGACCUUCCUUAAAGUCUGCCACGAUAAAUUCGGAUUAAGGAACAGCGAGCUGUUCGACCCCUUUGACCUCUUCGACGUGCGAGACUUCGGAAAGGUCAUCUCUGCGGUGUCGAGGCUCUCGCUGCACAGCAUCGCGCAGAGCAAAGGAAUCAGGCCUUUUCCCUCAGAGGAGACCACAGAGAAUGACGAUGAUGUCUACCGCAGCCUGGAGGAGCUGGCCGACGAGCAUGACCUGGGGGAGGACAUCUACGACUGCGUCCCAUGUGAGGAUGGAGGGGACGACAUCUAUGAGGACAUCAUCAAGGUGGAGGUGCAGCAGCCCAUGAUUAGAUACAUGCAGAAAAUGGGCAUGACUGAGGAUGACAAGAGGAACUGCUGCCUGCUGGAGAUCCAGGAGACUGAGGCCAAGUACUACCGCACCCUAGAGGACAUUGAGAAGAACUAUAUGAGCCCCCUGCGGCUGGUGCUCAGCCCGGCAGACAUGGCAGCUGUCUUCAUUAACCUGGAGGACCUGAUCAAGGUGCACCACAGCUUCCUGAGAGCCAUCGAUGUGUCCAUGAUGGUGGGGGGCAGCACACUGGCCAAGGUCUUUCUUGAUUUCAAGGAAAGGCUCCUGAUCUACGGGGAGUACUGCAGCCACAUGGAGCAUGCCCAGAACACGCUGAACCAGCUCUUGGCCAACCGGGAGGACUUUAGGCAGAAAGUCGAGGAGUGCACACUGAAGGUCCAGGAUGGAAAAUUUAAGCUACAAGACCUGCUGGUGGUCCCCAUGCAGAGGGUGCUCAAAUACCACCUGCUCUUGAAGGAACUUCUAAGCCAUUCUGCAGAACGGCCUGAGAAGCAGCAGCUCAAAGAAGCAUUGGAAGCCAUGCAGGACUUGGCCAUGUACAUCAAUGAAGUUAAACGGGACAAGGAGACUUUGAGGAAAAUCAGCGAAUUUCAGAGCUCCAUAGAAAACCUGCAAGUAAAACUGGAGGAGUUUGGAAGACCAAAGAUCGAUGGGGAACUGAAGGUUCGGUCCAUAGUCAACCACACCAAGCAGGACAGGUACUUGUUCCUGUUUGACAAGGUGGUCAUUGUCUGCAAGCGGAAGGGCUACAGCUACGAGCUCAAGGAGAUCAUCGAGCUGCUCUUCCACAAGAUGACUGAUGACCCCAUGAACAACAAGGACGUCAAGAAGUCUCACGGGAAAAUGUGGUCUUACGGCUUCUACCUAAUUCACCUGCAAGGAAAGCAGGGCUUCCAGUUUUUCUGCAAAACAGAAGACAUGAAGAGGAAGUGGAUGGAGCAGUUUGAGAUGGCCAUGUCAAACAUCAAGCCGGACAAAGCCAAUGCCAACCACCACAGUUUCCAGAUGUACACAUUUGACAAGACCACCAACUGCAAAGCCUGCAAAAUGUUCCUCAGGGGCACCUUCUACCAGGGUUACCUGUGUACCAAGUGUGGUGUUGGGGCACACAAGGAGUGCCUGGAGGUCAUGCCUCCCUGCAAGAUCACUUCUCCUGCCGAUCUGGACGCCUCUGGAGUGGGGCCAGGUCCCAAGAUGGUGGCCGUGCAGAAUUACCAUGGCAACCCAGCCCCUCCCGGAAAGCCUGUGCUGACCUUCCAGACAGGCGACGUGCUUGAGCUGCUGAGGGGCGACCCCGAGUCUCCGUGGUGGGAGGGUCGUCUGGUGCAAACCAGGAAGUCAGGGUAUUUCCCCAGCUCAUCUGUGAAGCCCUGCCCUGUGGAUGGAAGGCCACCCAUCAGCCGUCCACCGUCCCGAGAGAUCGACUACACUGCCUACCCCUGGUUUGCAGGUAACAUGGAGAGGCAGCAGACGGACAACCUGCUCAAGUCCCACGCUAGCGGGACCUAUCUGAUCAGGGAGCGGCCUGCCGAGGCCGAGCGCUUUGCAAUAAGCAUCAAGUUCAACGACGAGGUGAAGCACAUCAAGGUGGUGGAGAAGGACAACUGGAUCCACAUCACGGAGGCCAAGAAAUUCGAUAGCCUCCUGGAGUUGGUGGAGUACUACCAGUGCCACUCACUGAAGGAGAGCUUCAAGCAGCUGGACACCACACUCAAGUACCCCUACAAGUCCCGAGAACGUUCGGCCUCCAGGGCCUCCAGCCGGUCCCCAGCUUCCUGUGCUUCCUACAACUUUUCUUUUCUCAGUCCUCAGGGCCUCAGCUUUGCUUCUCAGGGCCCCUCCGCUCCCUUCUGGUCAGUGUUCACACCCCGCGUCAUUGGCACAGCUGUGGCCAGGUACAACUUUGCCGCCCGAGACAUGAGGGAGCUUUCGCUGCGGGAGGGGGAUGUGGUGAGGAUCUACAGCCGCAUCGGCGGGGACCAGGGCUGGUGGAAGGGCGAGACCAAUGGACGGAUCGGCUGGUUUCCUUCAACGUACGUAGAAGAGGAGGGCAUCCAGUGACAGCAGGAACAUGGACAGGACUCAUGGAUUUUCUUGGGAGAUCCACUCCAGCCCUGAAGUCUGUCUCUAGCUCCCCUGUGACUCAGUGGGAAAUACCAACCUCCCAGGCUUCCACCACCCACAGGGAUGGGGAGGGUGUUGAAAGUCCUAAACUCAAACCGUUUCACCGUCAGCCUGCCCUCGGCGACCCGUCACUGGGUAUGCUAUUGUACAUAGAGGAAACCUGGGUUAGCCCCACCCAGAGCGCAGAGGAGGGGGGCACCAGCAGUGCUGUGAGCCAGGCUCUGGGUGGCAGCUGAGGCCAAAAGCCCAUCACCUGCCCCUGUCCAACUGAGAUGGCGUUCAGGAACCUAGGUUUCAACUGCAGGUGCUGUCCCCGGGAGGGCUAAGGACAGCAGAGAGGACCUGCCCCCAGCCCCUCUGCUCAGCCCCUGGACUCAGCCUUGCCUGUCUUUUCCUGCUGCUCCCAGGGGGAGGUGUCAGGCCUUGGGAGGCAGACGGGACCAGAGCCAGGCUAUUCACUGCAGGCCCACUUGCCCUAUUGUGCUAGGGCACAGGAGGACAGAGCACUGUGGUUACCCUCUGCAGCCCCUCUGGCUCCCCAGACCUCCCUGACUCCCCUACUCCCCUCCAUGCCAGGGGCACACACAGGGCAGGCCCCUCUCUUGGGAGGGGCCUUAGAGAUGAUGAAAUUCCAACCCUGCUUCCCGUCAGUGGUACUGUUCCCCGUCCUCUCUCUGAGAGGCCUUUUCUGGAGUCCUAGGAAAGUGUCGGCCCUGCUACCAGGUCAAUACAUCUUUUGUAAACCCUGAAAUGGGCAGGGAAGAAAACAGGGUUUUCCCCUCUCUAGGUCCCCACCAGGUCCCUCUCCAGGAGGCCCCUCUUCUCUCCCGCAGGGUAGUCCCUGAGGGUCUGCCCAGCCUUGGCACGAGAGGCUGGUUCCAGUCCCUGGCAGGGCUUCCAUCCAAGGGCCCCUGCAGCCUAAAACUGGGCCUUGGCCAACUCAGAAUAAGUGCUCUUGGGGCUCUACCCCAUUACCUCCCUCAGCCGUGACUCCUGGCCUUUGACCUCUGGCUGGGCUAGCCAGGCCCUGGUUUCUCUACUCAGAUGUUGCAUGAGACCUGGUGACAGUGUCUCCCCCGCCGGCUCCUUGCAAAAGCCUCCGGUGAGACCUGGGCUUCCUAUAGCCCCUUCUCCCUCCAGCCAGCUGCACAGCCUGUGGGAGGUGCCCAGCCCAGGCUGGGUGUCGGGGAGGCUGGUCCCUGCUGUGGGUGGUGCUAGGGACCUAGGGGCUCCUUCUGAUGCUGGCCUUGUAGCCUCUGGCCUCGGUGUCUCUGGAGUGUAGGGGAGAGGCGGGAGGAGUCAUGGCGAUGGGCAGCGGCAGGGGGAGAGAGUGGUCCCUGACAAAGGCUCGGGAAAUGAGGGGAGGUGGAGGCAGGGCAGGGAAGCCAAGAGCUGGCCUGGGAGAGAGCACCUGGGGCCUGCGUGUCAGGGCGCACCCAGCACUUUGCGCUCCGCGGCCCAGCGGGCGCCGAGGAUGGUGGGAGGAAGCCAGCAGCCCCCGUGUUCACUGUCAGCAGAAAGGUCUUGUGUUUUGGUUUUGGGGUUUUUGUUUUGUUGUGUUUUGUUUGGCUUGUUCGUUUUUUAAGGGGAAAAAGGUUUGUAAUUAUUUCAUCUAAAUCUCCCAUUAUAUAUCUGUGAAUAGUAAGAGAUUUUAUAAUAGCAAGAAAAUGAUGUAUAUUUUAUUUGUUGACAUCUAAGUCAUGGUCACGACGGACACUGAGAAAAAAUGAUUCAGAACCCUGGUUUUUGUGGAUUUUCUGUUUUGUGUGUGUUUGUUUUGAGAUCUGUAUUUGGUUUGGUUGGCUUUUGCACUGCACAAAGGCAGGAGGGCUGGAGGGCUGGGUGCUGCCUGGGACCCAGAUGGUUUCAGCAGGAGAUGGGGUCUCCUCCGUGGGGGCUCAGCCGCAGGGCCUGAGAUUAACAUGUGGGAGCCCGAUGCAUGCGGGUCAGGGAUCUGGGCCCCCCAGCUGGCGGCAGCCCCAAAUGGACACAAACUGUACAUUUGCCAAUGGGUUUUCUCAGACCAUGGUUUUUACUGCAAAUAAAGCUGAGUUCUUUUCUGCAA